AUGGGUUUCUUCACCAUACCAGACGCGGAACUUCAAAUUGGUAAUCUGCUAACAUCACUUCAAGUUAAUUUUGAUGUUUGUGGUGGAUCCUUAAAGUUAAUUUAUCUCAUAUUUUUUAUACGUAAAUUGCGUUCUGCACAUGCAAUCCUAGACAUCUUAGAUAAACGUUGUCGUGACGCUGAUGAAAUAAAUGAAAUCGAAAAUGCAAAUACCUUUGGACGUGGUUGUAUACUCGCAUUUGCAUUCGCCUAUGUAAGCUACACCAUAACUACAUGUUUAGGUUCUGUUAUAAUGGGUCACCCACCAUAUUCACUCUAUUUUCCUCAUAUAAAUUGGCGUCGUUCGAGUAUGGAGUUUUUUGCAGCAUCCACAAUGGAAACAUUUUUGAUGUUCCAAGGAUGUGUACAACAAAUUGUGAAUGACUCUUAUGCUGUGAUUUAUGUACGAAUCUUACGCGCUCAUAUGAAAAUUCUACUCCUACGCAUACAAAAGUUAUGCACCGAUAGGACUUUAAGUUUAGAACAGAACAAUCAAGCAUUGAAAUUGUGCGUAAAGGAUCAUCAAAAUAUAUUGGAACUCUACAAUAUCAUAUCUCCGAUUAUCUCUGUGACCAUGUUCAUACAACUUAUGAUAACUGCUACAAUACUUGGUACUACUUUGAUCAACCUUACGAUCUUUGCUCCUGAUCUAACUUCACGCAUCGGUUCAUGUUUUUUUAUAUUGGCUGUGGUUACACAAAGCUUUCCGAUCUGUUAUCAGGCGCAGUGUUUAAUGGAUGAGAGCAGUCGUCUAGCUGAAGUAAUUUUACACUCCCAUUGGGUGGAUCAGGAUAUGAGCUAUCGUAAAAUGCUGAUUUUUUAUAUGCAACGAACACAAAUUUUAAUGAAAUUAACGGCUGGAAAAAUUAUACCCAUUAAUUUAAAUAGUUUUUUAAGUAUUGCUAAAUUUUCAUUUUCACUAUACACAUUCAUCAAGGAAAUGAAUAUCAAAGAGAAAUUUGAUUUGACUUAA